CUUUUUGUGCUUAGAUUGUUGUUUGCGAUUUCAUUUGCGUUCAUCUCCAACGAUGAAUACGGGCUCCGUUAGCCCUCAUGGAAAUACCAUGCUAUAUUGCGGUUGGAACCAAGAUCAAGGCUGCUUUGCUUGUGGAAUGGAGAAUGGCUUUAGAGUCUACAACACAGAUCCGCUGAAGGAGAAAGAGCGACAAGAUUUCAAGGAUGGAGGUGGCAUCGGCCAUAUAGAGAUGCUGUUUCGCUGUAAUUACCUCGCUUUGGUUGGAGGCGGAAGGAACCCGAAAUACCCGCCUAAUAAAGUGAUGAUUUGGGAUGAUUUGAAGAAGAAGUGUGUAAUUGAAUUGGAGUUUAGUACUGAUGUCAAGUCUGUCAAGUUGAGAAGAGACAGGAUUGUGGUUGUACUCGUUAAUUCUAUAAGAGUUUUCACAUUCACUCAAAAUCCUCAACAGCUACAUGUAUUUGACACAGCAAGCAAUUCUCGAGGCCUCUGUGUCAUGUGUCCAAAUAGUAACAAUGCACUGUUGGCAUUUCCCGGCCGUCAAGUUGGGCAUGUGCAGAUUGUUGACUUGGCCAACACAGACAAGCCAGCUGCAUCAAUUGCAGCACAUGAAACAAACUUAAGUUGCAUCAGCAUGAACUUACAAGGAACUCGACUUGCAACGGCAUCAGAAAGAGGAACACUAGUACGUGUAUUUGACACGACGACAUGUGCAUUGCUUCAUGAGCUGAGAAGAGGAGCAGGAACUGCUAGAAUUUACUGCAUAUCCUUCAAUCAGGACUCAACACUGCUUUGCGUGUCCAGUGACCAUGCCACUAUUCAUGUUUUCAGUUUGGAAGAUCCGAAACGAAAUAGAACGCACAGUCUGAGCAAGGCUGGAAGUAUGCUGCCAAAGUAUUUCAGUUCCAGGUUUAGUUUCUCGAGAUUUCAAGUUCAUGGGGGAUGCCAGUGCGUAUGUGCAUUUAGUCAGGAAAAGAAUGCUGUAAUUGCAAUUUGUUCUGAUGGUUCUUACUACAAAUUCAAAUUCAACAGCAAGGGAGACUGCACCCGAGACCAAUACAAACAUUUUUUAGGGAUGACAGAUGGAGAUUAAACUGUCCAUAGCUGUAAUGCUCAUCGAGUUGUGAAAGUUUUUGUGACUGCAUUAUGAACUGCAUGGUGACAGUGAUGGUUCUGGUUGGUGUAACUGCAUGUACAUACACUGACUGUAUGGUGAGUGCUGGUAGAGUUCUUGCUAUGUAUAGAAUGCAGGAAACGUUUUCUUUGUAGUUACUAGUUUUGGGCAAGCUUGGUGCUCUACGUACUUGUGUGCUCUAUUUUCUGAUAAUUUGUUUGUAUGAAAUAAUAAUGCAGCAAUAAAGCUUGCAAGUAAGUUGUAGAGAAAGAUAUUGUAGAGGCUGAAAUUAAUGCGG